UCCAAAGGACGAGAUAUCACUGGUAAAAUACUCUUUGGUAACCAUUUACUCGUCUUUGCACAUCCCUGGUACAUCUGAUGGUAAUUACAGUGAGGUGCCAGGAAGUACCCCAAAGAUGCCUCAGGUGACUAUGAAAGAUGUCUUUGUGGAGUGCGGCUCCAGCCUCCAGUGUCACAACAAACAGCUGAAGUCUUUACAGAAAAUCUACACAGCUAUGGAUCCAGAGGCUUUCUGGUUGGAGUUUGUUCAUCUGCUUAAGUACCCAAUGGUAGUCUAUGCCAGAGAACCUGUGGUAGAACGCACCAUAGAGUUCGUGGCCAAGUUUGUCUGUUCUGUCAGCAAUGCUUCAGAGGUAGACAGUGAUGACAACUCGCUCCUGAACAAACUGGUGACAUUCCUGUUGCAGUCCCACAGUGCAUGUAACCAGGGCGUCAGGUUCAGGAGUUGUCAACUGAUCAACAAACUGCUGACAAACCUGGGCGAGGAUGCUCACAUUGAUGACGAUCUCUACAAUGAGAUAUUUUCAGGCAUGUUGGAGCGGGCCAGAGAUAAACUGCCCCUGGUGCGUGCCCAGGCUGUCUAUGCUCUAGCCCGUCUGCAGGACCCCACUGACAAGGACUGUCCAGUUAUUAAAGCAUAUCUGUUCCUGAUCAGUUGUGACCCCAGCCCUGAUGUACGCCGUGCCGUGCUGUCUUGUAUUGCUCCAUCCACCAGAACACUGACCGUCAUCCUGGACCGUACCCGAGAUGUCAAGGACGCUGUCAGGAAGACAGCCUUUCAGAUCAUAGCUGAUAAGAUCCACAUCAAGACCUUGUCCAUCGCACAGAGAAUCCAGCUGCUCACCGAUGGAUUGAACGAUCGUUCAGAAAUUGUUGCCAAGACGUGUGCUAACCAGCUUCUGCAGAGCUGGCUGAAGUCGUUUGCCGGGAAUGUCCUGGAACUUCUCAAAUGCUUGGAUGUGGAGAGCUCUGUAGAGAUCUGUGAGAAGGCUCUCACCACCAUGUUCAAAGGCACAGCUGUUGGCGAUUUGGUUGCCAACUUUACCAUCCUUGAUGACAAGAUGCUGAUAGAUGGUGAGAAGCUGACAGAGGAGAGUGCCAUGUACUGGUGUAGUCUGUGCCGCUACAUCCACUCCAUGGGCGACUGUGUGGAGCAACUGCUUGAGAUGGUUCUCCCCAACUGUCUGGACUUCUGUGACUACAUCCACAAGUACCUGGAGCGCUGUGGUCAAUGUACAGAUCUGUAUGAACAGUUAGAACAUGAGUUUGUCAUCCAGCAAUUGCUGACUAUGACCAGCUUUAUGGACCUCACCGAUCAGGCAGGACGGAAAGUGUUUCAGAAAUUGCUAGAUGACAUGCUGCUGAACGAGAACGUCAGUCAUCGUCUGAUCAAACACAUCAUUCUCCGCCUACUUGACCUCCACUCUGACCAUGAGCCACUCGUCACUCAUCUGGCUGAAAUCAUAGCGGACAUUCGUGAACCAAUGACUUCAGUGGAGAAACGACCAGGCGAAGAUGAAAGAAGACAGAAUGAUUUGAAGAUGGCUGGUAUCCGUGUUCAGCUGAACCAGCUGAGGGAAGACCUGGACGAGUGUAUACAACAGCAGGCCUUUGUCAAGGCUGCUGAGCUGAAAGAGAAGAUUAGUGAACUAGAGAUGGAGAAAGCAGAGAUCAGCCAGGCACAGCUGACACAUGUAGAGGAGGUCCGGAUAGAGAGGACAGACCCAGAGACCUGGCUGAAAUGCCUCAAUAUUGUGAGUGAACUGUUGGAAAACGCUUCUAUCAAAGGCAUGUCACCAGUUAUACAGACCAUCAAAGACUCCUUGAUAUUGCCAGGUAUACAGAAUGCUGAUCCAGAUGUGAGGAAUGCCGCGGUAAAAGCCCUGGGUCUGUGCUGUCUGCUGAAUAAAGAGACAGCUUUACAGUACCUUGUCCUCCUCCUACAGGCAUCGCAGGUAGAUACAGAAGGCGUUCGUGCCACAGCACUGCAUAUCCUAUUUGACCUUCUUCACUUCUAUGGUCUGGAAGUGCUACAGGUGGAGCCACCUGCACCAACAGCAGACGGUGACACCAGUACCAGAGGGAGAGACACCACGGGGCUGGAGAUGAGCACAGAUGACACAUGGGACGCCACAAGUCAGACACCUGAUGGGGAAGAGCAGGAGCCUGAACUAAGCACUGCCAUUAAACUGCUGACUAUUCUCAGCUCUUCCCUAGAUCUUGAGAGCUCAGAUUUGCGAUCUGUGGCAGCUGAGGGACUGGCAAAACUGUUACUUUCUGGUCGUAUCCAAUCUGCUAAACUCAUCUCCCGGCUCAUCCUACUCUGGUACAACCCAAUGACUGAGGAGGACACCCGUCUUCGUCACUGUCUAGGAGUUUUCUUCCCUGUCUUUGCCAUGGCAGACAGAAUCAACCAGGAGAUGUUAAAGGAAGCGUUCAUGCCCACAAUGAGGACGUUACUCAACGCCCCAUCCUCAAGCCCUCUGGCUAAUGUGGAUGUGAACAAUGUAGCAUUGCUGUUUGUGCAGCUGACCAGUAGGCAGAUGUUGAAACAGAACAAGAAAACAACAAGGGGCCUGAUCCAGGAUCACACCAUCCAUGAUAACCUGGCCCUCCAGGUGUGUAACGAGAUCUUGUCACACCCAGAUUCCUUCGGUGUGAAGGUACUUGUGAAGACCCUGAACAUCCUAGAUAUCAGUCUAGAGGACGUCUCCUCACUCAAGGACCUGGCAUCUCUCUCCGCACAGAUGUUAGAGGCUGUAAAGGAGAAAGUGUGCGUGAAGGGUUUACUGAAGUUCCAGAGUAAGAUCUCCGAAGUCCUAGAUAAACUCAGCCUGUCAGAGAAUACUGAAAGUGGGCUAGGGAAAUCUUCAAAGGAGAAUCCUUGUGACGAGACUACUAACCCUGAGGGGUUUGAGGCCAAUGAAAACACAGAUCCCAGUAGGUUGAGCCUACUCACAAUAAAUAAAGAUGCUACAGGCACAAAUGACGAGGGGGAGACAACUGCUAAUACUAAAACAGGAAACAUUGUAAAGACACCGGCACCACGAAGCACAAAGAAGGGAAGAUCCCGAGCAUCUGCUAAAACACCAUGUGCAGUCUCCACUCUCAGUGAUUUGGAAAACAGCGUGUUUUUGUCUCCGACCCCAAUAAGGAAGUCCAGUAUGAAGACUAAGACUGCAAGCACUGUGUGCAGUGAUGCCCUGGACGAUUCCAAGCUCAGGCUGGACUCCACCAGCCGAAGGCAAUCUAACCGCCGUGUGCUAUUUGAUGUUGACAACACAAGUUUACAGAAUCCUAACUGACAGGCAUCAUCACCAGACAGUUGACAUCAUCUCUAUUUUGAAUCACCCUAACAAUACAAGAAUACACAUGUACGCGUAUACAUUAAUACAUUGAUAGUAAGGCUUAAUACAUUGAUGGUAAGACUUAAUACAUUGAUAGUAAGGCUUAAUACAUUGAUAGUAAGGCAAUAUGUGUUCAUUGUUAGUAUGUUCAAUUCUCAAGUGUUGACUCAUAAUUUUUUUUUUUACAUGGACAUUUUCAGGGCAGGGUAAUAUGAAUAUUAGUAUAUUUCACAUCCAGUUACAUAAUAAUUCUACAGUCAUAUCCGUUAAUCAAAUAGACGCGACUCUCAGAUAACCAGGAUACCAGAAAUGUCGGUCGGUGUACCAGGAACAGCUUGUCGGCUGCUACCAAUUCAUUUGAAACCAAUUCAUUUGAAAACAAGCCUUAACAUUAUUCAGUUGUGGGCCUGUAGUGAAGUAAUACAUCAGCAUAGUAAAUGGACAUGACGUAGCAUUGCAACAGCUUUGUCAGAUGGGCCCCAGUCGUUCAAGUCAGUCGUUCACGUAAUGUAAAUCAACAAGUCGUCAUUUCCUGCCAAUUUCAGUGGUGACUUGUACCUGUUUACUUGACUCGUUUCAUGCUGUAGGACUUGUACGGUGUGACGUCAUUUAUUAUAAAACUUUUUUGCGCUGCUAAUGUAGAGAAGAGGUUGUUUACAAGGGGCAGUGACUGAACAGAAGAGAGGGGAGAACAUAUUAAUGAUCAGCUGACCAUAUCUUCCAUUCAUCUGUAACAAUACAUUUUCAUCAGUCAAAUGGGAAAGCCAUUCUUUAACACUCCAUUGAUGAAGAUGGCAAUACAAAUGAAUUUCAUAUUUUGACAAAUACAGUGCUGUCAAAAUGAUGUUCUCUCUAUGGUCAGUAGGCCUACAUGUAGCACUUUACAUAUGUAUUUAUUAAAAAAAUAUGCAUGUUCUUUUGUUUUUUUUUUUUUUUGGCCAACAUUUUACACUGAAUAAAUAUACAAUAAAAACUCCAAGCGAAGAUGUAAAAUCUGCUUCUUAUGAUUUCUGUUUCAUCUUAUCUGCCUUGAGUUCACCCUCAGCGGCUGUACAGUAUUGUGCAAAAGUCUUUUUUCUGCUUCAUUUUUUACUGAAAUUUUUAUCUUUGUGCGUACAAGCUUUAGUCUCUCGCUAAAAACCACAGCAAAAUGAUCUGCAAACUUCUUCUAGUAUAGCUUCCCUAGUCCACCAUUUGGUGUUCUCCAUAAAGGAAGAAAUCCAGUUUGACAAAUUUAAUUAAGUUUUUGUAACCUUAGAGUAAAAUAAGUAAUCUUGUUCACAAAAGGCAGGUACAAGGAAGCAGAUAUGCACUAGUUCAUUCAGAAUAUUACAAA